CUACUCUACUAAAAUCCACUCCAGACUCUUCUGAUGUGGUUUGCUAGUCGGAAGUACAGUUUAUUUCCACCGUGCUUGUGUGGCUACUGACACAUAUGGACAAACGUGUGGAAUACAAUGGAGACCAGCAAUAAUGCCACAGCCCAGAAUGAUGCUGGUGGUGACAGGAGAUGAUUUUGGCUACUGUCCCAGGAGAAACCAGGGGAUUGUGGACUGCUUCCAGGCUGGAGGCAUUUCCAAUGUGUCACUGCUGGUUAACGCCUGUGCUGCCAAAGAGGCAGCAGAUCUGGCUCAAAGGCACAACAUCCCCAUGGGACUCCAUGCCAACCUGUCGGAGGGCGUUCCAGUGUGUCAGAGCCUCCAGCAGACCUCCACACUGAUAAACCAGCGGGGCUUCUUCCACGGGAAGAUGGGCUUCCGUCAGGUUCUGGAGAGAGGUCAGCUCAGCAUGAAACAGGUGGAGCUGGAGUUAAGGGCCCAAGUCCAGCUGUUCAGGGAACUGACAAGUCACCUGCCGCACCACAUGGACGGACACCAACAUGUCCAUGUACUGCCAGAGGUGCGUGAGGUGUUUGCACAAGUCCUGUCAGAGCUCAAGAUUCCAUACACUCGUGUUCCCGUGGAGACAGGUUUACAAGGCUGCCCGGCACUGCCAACACACCUCCGAAGAUUCUACGCACAGGUGGAGAAGGACGCUCUGGACUCCAUCCCUGUCUUCACUCGCUACGGAAUCAGGUCUGCUGGGUGCGACACUGGACUGUGGCCAGAUGUGUACCUGGGACUGACCACCAUGGGCCAGAACAUGUCCGUCCCCAACCUGCAGAGGGCCCUGAGCCACGCCCUGGCUGCAGGGCCUCCAGGCACCACCUCCAGCAGUGCAUCUGGCUCUUAUCAGCCUGUGGUCACAGCAGAGCUUAUGGUCCACCCGGGUUACCCCAGUCACCCCCAGGAAGGAGGCUGUGGAGAAGGACCCGACGACUUCUCCCAGUCAGCUGACAGACAGCACGAGCUGAGCGUGCUCAGAGACCCGUCACUGCUGGCCCUCUACAGCCAGGAGAGAGUGCAGCUCUGUGCCUUCAAAGACAUCUGAGUGCUGCUGUCUUACAGUGACGAGCCUGUGUGGAGACUGUCGAGAGUAUUAACACAAAUUACUCUUAAUCUGCCCUAAUCAGCAGUUGUGAUGUGGGUCAUUCCAUAUGUCCACAAUGGGAUGGGGAAGUGUUGUCAAGUAAUUGUUGUUCAUUUCAAUUUCUAGCAGCUUUUAAUGAACAUCAUUUCCCAUAAGCCCAAGGCAAUCGCAGGUUAAAGGUCACCAACUGUCGAGGAUACUAUGAGAAGGAAGUUGUCUCUCUUUACUCAGACAUAGCAGUAGCACAUCUUAUCUUAUUUUAAAGACAAUUCCUAAAAGCAUAAAAAGAUAUGCCCUGCCACGCUGGGAAAACUUUAUGAAAGCUGUUUUUAAUUGCUAACUAAGAAAUCAUUGACUUAGUCAAUAAUAAUAAUUAAGGAAUCUUUAAAGAAAGAUUGUACUUAGUUACAGACACUAUAGAUCAUUGCAGUGAAGCACAAAAUCUGCUCACAGCCCCGUCACAUUUACUGAGUAAAUGUGACUGCGGAGCACAGAAGCACUAAACUAAAGUAACCUGCAGCUGGAACGUUGCGUUCUUCUAUGUGGGGAAGUGAACCGGUGUUUGUUCUUAAUGUAAGCCAUGCGAGGUGCUGCUUUAAAGUACUCUGCUCCAGAUCGAUGUUUGGCACUAACCACAUGCCCGUCAUUGCACAUAUUCAGUACAACUAGGGUCUUUAUAAUGUAGUUGUGUCCGCUCACCGAGUACAGUGUACGGGUUAUCAGCUGAGAUCAGACGGGUUGGAAACAAAGCAGCAGGCGGGUAAACCCAAAGUGUUUACAGACCCACUUCCUGCUUCAACUCUGACCAUCUGUACUCACUGUAGUUGUGUUCACACCGUUUUCCUGUGUAAUGAGGGAUUAUUAGCAACAAUUCAAAUAAAAUGACUUUCAGUUUGACCUCCAGAUAAAGUGGUUUAAUAAUCUGGAUAAACUGUGGCUUUGUUUCCAACCGUCUGAUCGUCUCGUCUGACUCUAGUGAUGUCAUCAUGUUCCCAAUGUUAGAAACUACAGCAAGAAGACCCAAGUUGUAAUAACCUUUAGUCCUUAAAAAGAAAACUUCACCCAUACAAUGAUGAUUUGUAUAUCAAUUAUAUUUCUUUGUAGAAAACUUUAAUCUAGUGCACGAACGCUAACUAACCGUAACCCUCAUGUAUCCAGUCGUAUGCUCACUACUUCCCAAACACAUGCAAUUUCACUAAAAACCUGACUAUUCAAAACAAACGCAUAAACAGUCUAAUAUUUAACAGCUCAAUAGGAAGGGUGUGUUUGUGAAGGAGUGAGCGUGCAGAUUAAACUGCACCAGUUGUGUGAGAGUGGAAACGGAUUCAUCAAGAACUUGUCUCGUGUUUUUUGAUUCCUCGGUCACCGUGGAGGCGAGCAUUGAAAGAACGUUUCCUCAAAGAGCUCAAGAUAACACGGUGAUUGAUAUAGAAGUGAUCAUUUUGUCGGUGAAGGCUUACUCGUUUUAGUUUCAGUUGUGUGCCUGGGUGUUGCAUAUUCCUCAGUGAGUGUUUAGUCACAUUACCACAGUAAUCUGCACUCAGGUAGUGUUCUAUCAUAGAAGGACAGUUUAGUGGAGGGGUGGGGUGAACGGGGGGGAACAUUUCUGCCUCAUUAAUGAAGCUUUGUGGUUUCAUAUAAGGGUGGAGGGACGGUUGCUCAUGAUCUCAGGUCUGUGAAGCACAAGUAGUUCUGAACAUUGAUCACCUGCCAAAUGUGUUUCUGUAACAGGACGGUGUGUUUGUAAUAUUUAUAGCUUUUGUCUGGGUAUUUGAAAUUGUAUAUUUUGAUAAAAUUUCUUUUGAAACUUCUUUUACAUUGCUAUAUUUGAAUUGUUACAGAGAUAACACGGGAACAGCUGAGCUAAUAAAUCAUGUCG